AAUGUUAGUUCCAUCCUUGAUAACCUCAAAAAAGAAUUAGAAGAUGGGCCAUUAAAUGAAUGGAUUAUAGAAGAAAUAAACAUUAUAAGAAAGUUUCAAAGUUUUCAAAACCAUUCAAUUCAAAAAGCAAGGGAAUCUAAAUUAAGCCAAAAUGAUGUUUAUGAAAAAUUUGAUAUUUCAACAGCUUUAAAUGCAGCUGCCCUUAAAACAGUAUUUGAUGAUAAUAUUUUUAUGACUGCAAAUGAUAAUGAGUUAAGCACUAUUAGUUGUAAUGUCUUCAAUGGAUUACGUAACUUGCCUGUUGAAUCUGCAAAAUCAACUGAAGAUUUGCACAGCUUUAUGUUUUUACAUCCAAUAAUAAGACCUAUCUUUGUUCCACCAGAAGAUUAUAGCAUAGUGCUUAACAAAUCAACAUAUGAAAACAAGGAAAGACCUGAUUUUAUAUGCUUAGUUGAUGAAAUUGCUGUGUUAAAUACUGAAAUCAAACCCGUUGGACAUACAUCACUCCAAAAGAACAAGGAUAUAGUAAAAGCACACACUAACGCCAAAAGAUCAAUAAACAAUCUAUUAAAGAAAAAAGGAGGAUCUUCAAAAGCUAUUGUUCUUCUUAAUAUGGCUUAUGGUAAAAUAUCUUUUCCCUUUAACAUAGGAGCAACUAAUUGA